AUGGUGCCCCUGCUGCUGCUGCCCCUGCUGUGGGGGGGGUCCCUGCAGGAGGCACCAGGCUUUGAGCUCCAAGUGCCAGAAUCAGUGACAGUGCAGGAGGGUCUGUGCGUCCACGUGUCCUGCUCCUUCUCCUACCCGAAGGCUUUUCAGGGUUCCUCUAACAAACUCUACACCUACUGGUACCGGUAUGGGGACAGCCCAUACUAUGGUUAUCCUGUGGCCACAAACGACCCCCAAAAAACAGUGAAGAGAGAGACCAAGGACCGAUUCCUCCUCGGGGACCCCUGGGACAAGAACUGUUCCCUGACCAUCAGAGACGCCAGGAGGAGUGACACAGGAACCUACAUCUUCCGAAUGGAGAGAGGAUAUAGAAGAUAUACUUACCAAGAUAAGCUGCUGAAUUUGCAAGUGACAGCCCUGACAGAGAAGCCCCACAUCCACUUUCUGGAGCCUCUGGAGUGUGGCCGCCCCACUCAGCUGACCUGCAGCCUGCCAGGGUCCUGCAAAGGGGGAAGACCUCUCACCUUCUCCUGGGCGGGAGCCGCUGUUGACUCGCUGAACCCCCAGACCCUCAGCUCCUCGGUGCUCAACCUCACCUUGAGAUCCAGUGACCAUGGCACCAACCUCACCUGUCAGGUUAAUCGCCAAGGAUCUUUGGUGACCACGCAGAGAACCAUCCAGCUCAAUGUCUCCUAUGCUCCUGUGUUGACGAUGAGGCUUUCCCAGGGAAACUGCACAGCCCCCAAGACCCUGAGCAACCACACGUCCCUGACUGUCCUGGAGGGCCAAUUCGUGUGCCUGGUCUGCAUGGCUGACAACAACCCCCCUGCCAUGCUGAGCUGGUUCCUGAUGGGAAAAGCCAUGAGCCCCUCCCAGCCCUCAGAAACCGGGAUCCUGGAGCUGCCCCAUAUAGGGGCUGGAGAGGGAGGGGAGUUCACCUGCUGGGCACAGCACCGGCUGGGCUCCCAAAAGGUUUCCUUCAGCCUCUCUGUGCAGAGAAGCCCGCAUUCCGGCAGACCCAUGACUGAGGAGCAGCAGGGCUCCUGGCCCCUGGUCUUCACCCUGCUCAGAGGGGCCCUCAUGGGCGCUGGCUUCCUCCUCACCUAUGGCCUCACCUGGCUCUACUACACCAGGUGUGGAGGCCCCUGGAGAAUGAGGCAGAGUUCCUGACCCAGUCUCCCUUCUUGUCAAGACGGGACUGAG